UCGAAACUAACACAAAUUUAAUCGGAGAGAAAAUGGCUUCAAACUAUGAAGAGCGUUUCACGUGCUCUAUUUGCCUUCAGCUCAUGGAAGAUCCCGUGACCAUCGGCUGUGGGCACAACUUCUGUAUGAGCUGCAUUAAUAAGUAUUGGGACAAAAAGUUUGCUGAACGGGCCGCGUGCAUUUGUCCCCACUGCAGACAGACCUUUACACCGAGGCCUACGCUCUUCAGAAACGCACUUCUGGCCGAGCUGUUGGAGGAGCACAAGAAAACUCAGGAGUCUGGUGCCUCUGAUGGAGACAUGGAUGGGGAGGGGGGCGUUGGAGACAUGGACGGGGUGGGGGGCGCUGGAGACAUGGACGGGAUGGUGCUCUGUGACGUUUGCACUGGGACAAAGCGCAGUGCGUGUAAGUUCUGUCUCGCCUGUCUAGUCUCUUACUGCCAGAUACAUAUAAAGCCUCAUUUUGAAGUCGCCCCUCUCCAAAAACACAAGUUGGUUGAAGCUUCAGUGAAUAACCAGCAGGUCAUAUGUGCGCGCCACCACAGACUGUUGGAGCUGUACUGCCGCACUGAGCGCGUGUUCAUCUGUGCACUGUGCGUGGUACAAGGCCAUCAGAGCCAUGACACUGCUGCUGUCACUGAGGAGAUGAAAGCAGCACAGAUGAAAAUAAAAAGAAACAGAGACAUGAUCAAGGACAGAGUUAAAGAUUCAGAGACAAGAAUGACUGAACUGAGAGAGGCCACGAAAUCUAUAAAAGACACUGCUUGGGAGAUCUGCGAUGAAUUUGACCGCCUUUGUCAAGAAAACAUUCGCUUGUAUGUCACCGCCAUGGAGAAGAGGAGCGCUGAUGUGAGAGAGAGAGUUGGAAAAGCAGAAAAGGCCGGACUAGACUGGGCAAACUCUCAGCUCAGACAUUUGAGAUCUGAGGUGGAUGUGCUGAAGAGGAGAGACGAACAACUCCAACAGCUUUUACAAACCAAAGAACCCAUGCAGAUUAUACAGGGUUUCCAAGCUCUUGAUGUCCUUCCAGCAGAAACUAAUGUUCACACAAGUACUGAAAAACUGACUGAGUUUGUCAGUAAUCAAAAGCAAAAGCUGAAAAAUGUUUGCAAAACUGAAAUGGAAGAAUUACACAAUAACCUCACACAAUACUCAGUAAUAGGAUUAUUUGUGCCCAAGAUUAAAGACGUAAUCACAUUGAGAGACUAUCUUGUGUCUAAAUACAAAAAUUGCAAACUGGAGUUAAAUCCCAACACCGUUGCUGCUUGUCUUUCAUUGUCCUCCUCAAACAGAGAGCUGUCAUGGGGCGGCAAUGACCAGGGACAUCCUCACCACAGAGACAGAUUCACCUACUAUCCCCAGGCCUUGUGCAAAGGGGGGCUGAAGAAUAACGCGUACUGGGAGGUGGAGUGGGACGGAGGCAUCGUGGAAGUGGCUGUUUCAUAUAAAGGCAUUGGUAGAAAGGGUUCUGGAAAUGACUGUUGUUUUGGCCACAACAGUCUGUCAUGGAAGCUAAUCUGCAGUUCAUCUGGGUGCAAGUUUUGGCACAAUAAACUUGAAAAAGCUCUGAUUCCACCAGUAAGCUCUCGUAAAGUAGCUGUACACCUCGUAUAUCAAGAGGGCAUCCUGAGCUUCUACGGUGUCAAUACAAACAAUGAGUUGACACUUCUGUAUAAAACUCAAGUCGUCUUUACUGAGCCUCUGUAUCCUGGGUUCAGUGUUGAUUUGGGCUCAAGUCUGAAAAUUUGCACCAUUUAAGAAAAUCACGUCAGAGCUGGCACCUGCUUUAUGUUUUGAUUUGUUCAUAUUGUGAUGUUAAAGUCUUUCUCAUUCUGUAAAUCACUUUGAAUUACUAAACCUUGCCUUGUCUUUAGAAUUCUUAGAAAAGCAAAACAACAAAGGGGUUAUUUUUUAUCUUAAAAAUAUUUACUUUCAACAAAAC